ACUCUGGAAAUUAUAAACAACCGACCGAAAACCUCAAUUACAAAAAUAUUCUGCUAAAUUUGGGUGAAGUCUGGAUUUAUUCUUGAUGAAUGGAAAACUAGUUCUUUUUACGUGUUACAGCUAAAAUCUAUAGCAAUAUGGCAUCGACAUCUUUCAUGGAAAGACUCCGCACAUUUCAUUCUCCACUGCCGCAAAACUUUGUGAGUUCACUUUCCAACACUCCAGUUAAAUUCGCUGAAGCUGGCUGGGAACGUGCAGACAAUGUUUCGUUUGCAUCAGAUGAGUUAGUAUGUCGCUCUUGCAGUGUUAAACACAGUGGGUGGGCAGGAGAAUCCCCCCUUGCUGUCCACAGAACAAGAAGUCCGAACUGUCCAUUUCUAAAUACACCACCUAUUGUCGCAACUAAUUUUGUUGGAAGUGCGACUACAUUGUCAUCAUCUGAGAUUGAUGACACAAGUGUUGAAGAAGGUGCACAGGAACCACCAACAGUUUUCUCUAUUUGCAGUUCAUGUGAUGCAAAUAAUACAGAGACCUUGAAAAGAAAAUUGUUCUCCAAUAGAUCAAACAAGAAUCAUAGUGGGACCAAGUACGUAAGACGUGAAGCUAUCCUACACCCAUUCAAACCUCUAACUGGUGGGUAUCCUAUGUUGUUUGAAAGCCUUCGACUGACUACUUACAGUUCACCUGGCUCAGUUGAGGCAGCAAAAUGGUCAAAGGAUGGCUUCAUCAUGAUCUCUAACCUCCGAGCCCAGUGUGUUUUCUGUGGACUCCAGUUGGAGUUUGAAGUGUGUGUUGACAUUGGACAUGUGCACAAGAAAAAGUCACCUGAGUGUCCUUUUGUGUGUCACUUUGACAUGGGAAAUAUUUCAAGUGAAGAACAGAGAAGUAUUCAUGAGAAAGAACGUACAAAAUAUUUCAAGGACAUCAGUCAAUGUAAUGUUUCAAGCAAAUACCGUAUCAAGUAUCCUGAAUUUGAGGAUUCUGCGGACAGGUCCGGUACCUUCAGCUUGUGGCCAAAGCUCCUUAAAACCGUUUUUCCACCAAAUACCAUGGUAGAAGCAGGUUUCUAUUAUACAGGUCACAAUGACAUGGUGCGUUGUUUCUCCUGUGGUGUUGAACUCUUUGACUGGAUACCUGGUGCUGAUCCCCUGACCCAGCAUGCCUGUGCCUCUCCUUCCUGUUUCUUUUUGCAGCAGAAUAAAGGUCAAGAGUACAUCAAUGAAGCACAACAACAAGAGCUUGUGGUUGGGAUUAAGCAAGACAGUCACGCUCAAGAUCUUGAGGCAGCAACAAUGACAACUGCAGCAACAUCCUCCACAUCAUCAUCAUCCUCUUCAGCAUCAUCACCACCACCAGCUGGUCCCAGAUCGUACCUGGACCUGGAGUCUAUCUCUGCAGCUCGUGCACGUGGGUACAGCACAGAGCAAAUCUCUGAUGCCAUCAUCACCUUCUUUUUCCUGACUUGUGGCCAGUUCCCAGACUCUCCCCUCCUGCUGGGUCUGCUCAAGGCCGGCACUGACAACCACAAGACACUCUGUGACAAGACACAGGAAGUAGUGGACAUCAGGUCGGAGAACCAGGUCAUUAAGUCAGAGAACCAGGCCAAGGACACAGAGAUCCAGGCCAAGGACACAGAGAUCCAGGCCAAGGACACAGAGAUCCAGGCCAAGGAGAGAGAACUCCAGCGUCAGAGGUUUGAGCGUCACUGGCGUGAGCUGGCCAUGAAGACAGAACUGGGGCAGGCCUUAGAAGAGAAGGACCAGGUGAUAGAAGAGAAUAGACAAGUGAUAGAAGAGAAUAGACAAGUGAUAGAAGAGAAUAGACAAGUGAUAGAAGAGAAUCGCCAGGCUCUCCACACCAAAGAUCUACAACUGUCUAUGCUGAGACAAGAGUUGGAAGAAAUUCGUGAACGUCACAGACCUCAAUCAGCUCCCCUGGACAAAAGUGACUUUGACACAGAAGGUAGGCUACAUUAG